GUACUUUUCGUCAGUUUUCACGUAUAGUUCGCUCGAUCAUCGUACUUAUAGAAAGAUAAAUUGUUAACGUAAUUCCAAGUGGGAACGAUGGAUCCCACUGGUUUAUUCAACUGUGCUGUCAGGGUAAAAGAGGAGCCAAAUGAUAUUUCUAGUAGUGAAAACGAUCGCGAGAUGAUUGACGAGAAACCCGAUCUAAAAAACUUUCAACCUUCACCAUUUCCACCAGAAAACUCAACACAUAUCCUUCGAAAAUGCGACGUCAAUCAUGAAAGUGAACUUGGUGACCAAACCGAAAUAGUUUUUGAAUGUGAAGACGUCAAGCCCAAUUUUAAUUUAUUAGCCAUCAAGAAAAUUGACGAUGAUUCGCCUAAUUACUCACGUAAUGUACAAUAUAGUAAAGAGUUUAAAAAUCAAAACAUAAUUAAAAAAGAACCUUCAAAUAAAGUAAAACUGGAAUUUUUUGGUGACGCUGCGGAAGAAUCGAAUUCCGACUGUGAAUUUAUCAAACAAGAUAAAAAAAGAAAAACUACAAAAAAGUUUAAUAACAAAUAUAACCUCAAAACACGCAGCAGCACAGUGCAUAAUAACACAACACACGCAUGCAGAAAGAAAUUCCUAACGAAGAGUAAUCUUAAAAAUCACAUUAAUGCGGAGCAGUUUGGUAUCACAUACGUGUGCGAUAUUUGUGGAAAUGUAUUCAAACGAAAAUGUGAUAUCAGAACUCACAUGGAUGGAGUUCACAAUGGUAUCACGUAUCCGUGUGAUAUUUGCGGAAAGAAAUUCUCGACGAAGGGUAAUCUCAAAACCCAUAUCAAUUCAGUGCACUAUAAAAUCACUCAUGAAUGUGAUAUAUGUGGCGAGUCAUAUACUCAAAAAGGUUCUCUCAAAACCCAUAUCGAUUCAGUGCAUCAUAAAAUCAUUCAUGAAUGUGAUAUUUGUGGCAAGAAAUGUUCACUAAAAGCUAAUCUAAAAAAUCACAUCGAUUCGGUGCAUCAUAAAAUCAUUCAUGAAUGUGAUAUUUGUGGCAAGAAAUGUUCACGAAAAGCUAAUCUAAAAAAUCACAUCGAUUCGGUGCAUAAUAAAACCAUUCAUGAAUGUGAUAUUUGUGGCAAGAAAUACUCAAAUAAGAUUAAUCUCAAGAGACACAUCGAUUCUGUGCAUAACGGUAACAAACAUAAAUGUGUUAAAUGUGAUAAGUCAUUUUCACGAAAAUAUGAUCUGAAAAUCCACAUCGAUUCGGUACAUGACAAAAUCAUUAAUACAUGUGACAUUUGCGGAAAGAAAUUCUCGACGAAGGGUAAUCUCAAAAUUCACAUUGAUGCGGUGCACAAUAAUAUCAUUCAUGAAUGUGAUAUUUGCGAGAAGAAAUACUCAAAUAAUUUUAAUCUCAAGAGACACAUCGAUUCGGUGCACAAUGGUGUCAAACAUGCACGUGGUAAAUGCGUAUAAGGUCAUAUAAAGAAGAGUAAUCUUAAAACCCACAACAAUAUGAUGCACAAUAUCAGAUGAAUCAAAUUUCCACUACAUGUUCUAAUUUAUACAUUUUUAA